AUGUAUAGAGAUGCUCGUAAUGCAGCAGAUCGCCCUUAUUGGUUGGGCGAGCACAUUUGGAACUCUUUACUAGCUCAUUGGAAUUCACUAGAGUUUCGCAAUAAGUGCGCCAAAGCCCAGAGGAACAGAGCUUCUGAAAAGGGUGGCACCCCGCAUACUGGUGGUUCGAUCACGAUUCAUGAGCAUGCCAUUCAAGAUCGUUUGGUGUGGAGCAGCACUGGUGCGGAGGAAGCCGUUCAUCUAGCAUGGAGGAGCGAGAUCUGCGGUGUCCAGGUUCAGGUUGGUUCUCCUUUCACCGUCCUUUCUGUUUCUCGGCUUCACUGUGCACGAAAGGCCAAAACGGAUGUGGGACAUCCGUUUGCCUUCGACGGAUGUCCGACUUCCAUCGACGGAUGUGGGAUAUCCGUUGAAGAAAUGGCAAGAACACGUGGUGCAUCUUUUAAUUCUCGAGGUGAGAGUUCUCGAGGAGAGAGUUCGUCGCAGGGUGAAGCUCGGAGAAGAUCUACCGUUUCUGCUCGUAGAAGUCGGGCAACUCCUAUCCAGGAUGACCCCAUAGUUGAGGAGCGAGCCAUUGAGGAACAAACAUAUGAGGCAUAUGAGACUCAUGGUGAGGAGAAUGCAUUUGAGGCCCCUAACGAUGAUGACGAUGAGGAGGAGCAUGCGGAUGUUCAUGACAUACAAGAGGAUGUCGGUGGAUUUCUUGGAGGUCCACACGAUCAUUCAUUGCUGACGCACAAUGUUCAGCAUGUAGCUUAUGCUAUUUCCAAAGGCCGGGAUCGAGGGGACACACUGAAGUUGAUCUCCCACGGAAAAAAAGUAAAUAAGUUAGGACCAUGCCACGAGGAAAUUCAAGACAUUGUGUUGAAUUCCAGUUUGAUGCCUCUUACAGGGAUUUGUUAUGAUUACGUUGAUAAGGGGUUACUCCUCGGAUUCAUAGAGAGGUGGCAUUUUGAGACCAGUAGUUUCCAUCUCCCUAUAGGGGAGAUGUCGAUUACUCUUGAUGACGUCUCGACAUUACUUCACCUGCCCGUGAUGGGACAAAUGUGUGAUUUGGAGGAGUUGGAGUUUGAGGAGGCUCGUACAGCCCUUGUGCAACUGCUCGGCGUUGAUGGUGGCACAGCAGGUGCUGAGAUGGAGAACGCACGUGGUCCGAAAGUCAGACUCAGCUGGCUUAGAGAGAUAUAUGUUCAGAGGUGUGAGUCGCAGCAUUGGGACUAUGCUGCUAGAGCAUAUUUGUUGCAUCUAGUAGGAUGCACGAUUUUUGCAAAUAAGAGUGCCAGUUCUAUACGCGUGUCUUACUUAUUGUUAUUUAGAGACGUACACGCGUGUGGCAGAUAUGCUUGGGGUGUUGCUGCACUCGCCUAUUUGUACGAGCAGCUCGGGGAUGCGAGUCUCGCGUCCACGAAGCAGAUGGCUGGAUAUUUGACUCUAUUUCAGAGUUGGAUAUACGAACAUUUUCCUGGCAUGGGGAGGAGGCGGUUGGUGACUUCUUACGAUGAUACCACACCACGUGCCAUGAGGUGGUAG